CUCGAAUUUCCCGCCCAGCAUAACGACCAACGACACAGGUCCAAAAUGAAGUACAUCCAUUCAGAAGAGAGCUUACAGGUCCCCGAGGGUGUGAAGGUCAGCAUCAAGUCCCGCCAAGUUACCGUCGAAGGACCACGAGGCAAGCUCACCAAGAACCUGAACCACCUGGCAGUCAACUUCUCGCACCCCAAGAAGGAUGUAAUCAACAUCGAACUGCACCACGGUGCCCGCAAGAACGUCGCCACCCUCCGCACAGUCCGCACUCUCAUCAACAACCUGAUUAUCGGUGUUACCAAGGGCUUCAAGUACAAGAUGAGAUAUGUGUACGCACAUUUCCCCAUCAACGUCAAUGUCGACAAGAACAACGAGACUGGCUUGUUCGAGGUUGAGAUUCGAAACUUCAUCGGUGAGAAGAUCGUCCGAAGAGUCGUCAUGCAACCAGGCGUCGAUGUCGUAGCCUCCACAACCCAAAAGGAUGAGCUGCAAUUGUCCGGAAACUCGCUCGAGAACGUCUCACAAAGUGCCGCCGACAUCCAACAGAUCUGCAGAGUGCGAAACAAGGAUAUUCGGAAGUUCUUGGACGGUCUGUACGUUUCGGAGAAGGGUAACAUCGAGGAGGCAUGAACGGGCGGAGCGUCAAUGGGUUGGGCUUGGUUUUCUUUCAUCGAUGAACACUCUCUGGGAAGCGGAGCAUAUCGGCUGCCUUUGCAUUUGCCUGUUAUGUAGCAAGGUGCUCAGAAUGAAAAUCUUGCGAACAAAAGAACUCACUUUCUUGAUUCUGAAGACCGACUUUGGGGUGGAGAUUAGGCGUUGGAAAGAGCUUGUGGCUGGGGACUAUGAGAAAGUUUCUUGCGAGUGCAUGAUUUAUCUGUCUAUUUGCUUGGUCUCCGGAACUGAACUCAGAGAUAGGCAGGCAGGCAUUCGCGCUACUUCUAUUCGUCCUUGCAAUAUCUCGUUCUUCCACUUUCUAAACAGGCUCUGAGCAGAUGAGGCUUCGAUAACCACCAAUUCACAAGUCACAGGUUAUAUAUGAUUUUGUCACAAUUCUAGACUUCGAAUCAAUUUGAGAAG